CUUUAAAGCGCGCAGGCAGCGCUGCUUAACCUAAUAGAGCCCCUGAGCUCGACGACUAAUGGCCACCAAACCGGAAUCAACGCGCACACGCAUCGAAAACAUCAAGACCGACUUACGAGCAACGACGUCAUGUACAGACACAACAGUCACCACACUACGAGAUCUCCUGAGUCGCAGGAACGAUGAGCCGGUACAGAAGGAGAAUGUAGGUGUGAAGGUCCCAGGGGCACUGAGAAGGAAGGCAGACGCUGUGAAGGCUGCAGCAAGCAAGGAUGCGCCCAAGCCGGAACCAACCGUACUUGCACCGAGGGAGAAGUACAUACUGGCCACAGAGGUCGCCAAUCUCUCUCUGAAGACGCUCGCCGAUGCGCUGAAGAGCCAGACGUCUACGCCGCCCCCGCGAUCCACCAAAUCCACCACCAGCGACAGCACAACGCGCAAAGCUGCCCGACUGCCCACUGCCGCCCAGAAAGCCCUAAAGGAACGCUCUGUGUCGCAGGCAACGAACACAACGAAGCGAACUGCAGCGUCGUCACGACCCCCGUCCUCUGCCUCCUCUACUUGUGGGCCUGACGCCGGCCUGGUAGCAACAGCAGAGUGCGCCAGAGCGGCUUUUGCAUACUUAGGAACAGCGGAGGCUAAGAAAGUUGUGGGCAAAAAUGGACCACAGUUGCAGCUGGAGAACGGAGUCUUGGCACUCAUAGGAAAGCUUGUGGCGCUUGGGUUGGAUAACUUGGCGGUCAAGGAGAUCAGACUUCUGAAAAGGAGGCUAGAGGUCUUCCUUGGUCAUGCAGAGGCCAGGGACGCCGGUGUAGCUGUCAAGAAGUCGGGAGCGCAGCAGGACAUGACAGCAGACAAGGAGAGCCUUGCGUCGCUCCUACACUUCGGACCCAUCGAAUCAACGAGCCCUGCGUUACCGAUCAUCGCGAACGUUCAAACCUACACAUUGCGGAUCAUAGCGAGGUUGAAGAAGGCGCCCACUAUUGAAGCCUCUUGGGAGCAUCUGCAGCUAUCGAACGACUCCUCGCCUGCAAACCUCCUCCAGCAACUGGCGUGCACGUCGACCGGCGCACCGAAAGCGGCGCGACAACUCGAGUCUUUCGCCCAGACUGUCCUCUCGCUAUGCCCGAGCAUCUCGGUCUUAGACGAUGGAGCGCCACUACAGCCUUCGCCCGAGACUGUCCUUCGCCUACAACACCUCGCUUUCACGGUACGGAAAAGAUGGUGGGACUUGGUGAAGCACAAGAGCAAUGAGGAACACGAACUUGUUCAGCCAUUUGCGAAGUGUCUGGUUGCCUAUGCUCGCCGGUCGAAGCUGUCGCUCACGGAGAAAUACGACUUGUCGAAGUCACUGAGCACAGAGCUACUGGGCCAGCAGCUGUUGACACCUGGCGCUUCUGGCUCUUCAGCGCUGAUCACCAAGACGCUCUGUAACCUGGCGCAAGCUGCAGGGUUAUCUGAUGAGGCCUUGCGCUGGCUGAGUGCUCCUGAAGCAAGUGCCUUGUCUACAGGCUCUGCGGCGAAACAAGCAUGCCGGCUCGUUCGCAUAGCAACCGUCUCAUUGGAGGCUGCAAACAAAGGAGAAGACAAGCCUGGAAUCGAGGAGACCAUUAGUACUGCCUUGAAGGCUUUGCAAGGAAGCCUGGGCGGAUCUUCUACUGACCUUGACUCGUUGUUCAUGGAGGCUAAUGCGCUGAGACGAGCCGCAACACGAUCGCUCGCUGCAGGCUUGUCUGCCCGAGCACUCAGUUCAGAAGACCUCUCAGCCCAAGCUCGUGCCAUCUCGAUGAUUGCUGCAAGCGUACACUUCUCGGCAAGAUUCAUUGGGCGCAGGAGUAUGGCUGAUUCAGAUUUGGAUCCCCAGCAACAGCACGAAGAUCGGAUCAACAUGGCCUGGAAAUGUACGAAGAGCAUCGUUGAAUCUGUCAUUACAUGUUGCAAGCGGUCGACAAACAGCCCUGACCUCUGGUCUGAGCUAGACAUUAUUCUCCAGGAUUGCUGUUACAUACUUCGAAGACUUGGCGAGGAGUUUGAGAGCGAAGUAGUGACCGAUCCGCAAGCUGGAGAUGUGGUCUCGUCGUGCCUCGUUAAACUAUCCAACGCCUACUGGAACACAUACCUGCAAUUACGAAAGGCUGCCGCUAUCGACCCAGAGCUCCUCCUGGUGGCAAUGCGACGUUCCAUUGAUCUUGUGUCAGAAGGCUCAGAAACUCAGCAAGAAGCAGGUCAUCUGGCUAUGAAGCUUGAACGACUAGGCGAAGCCUUGGAUAACCUCCAAAAAGCCGGCGAGUCGCGCAAGGCUUUUGGACAAUGCAUUGGAUAUCACAUCUACUCCAAUGACCAAGCCCUCACAGAGAGCUUGGCACAGCACUCGCUUCAGACAUUGUUCGAAGGGGAAGGAACGUUCAGUACCCUCGGCAGAUUGCUCAAAGCUCUCCAUCGUUCGUACCUUGUUCAUGGCGUUAAGCGCGCCAGCGAACUCGCAUACCACGAUGACACCUAUCUGCAGCCCGACGUGCGGGGAGCAAUCCUGGAGUGGCAACUGAUACUGUUCUCUCAGACGCUUUCCAAAAAUCGACAAUGGGAUUCGAAUCUCAAUCACUCCAUCAAGACACUAACGCAUCAGCUUCUUGAGAGCUAUAACCCCGGGCGCUACCCUGUACGGCGCCUGAGGGUUAUCAUCCUGCUGCUGCAGCUUUCCCAGGACCACCCACACAUUGUGUCGCACGAUUUGUUACCCUUGGAUACCUCGCCAGACAAUAUCGCUACGGUAGAUCUUUCUGAGGAUGAAAGCCUGUCCAGGUUCAAGGAGCACCUGAGCGCUCUCUGCAGCUUCAAGUUAGCGAUGCAGCAAGCCUUCCCGCCUACCGAGACCUUGCGACAAUGUUUUGCAACCUGGGAGUUUCUCGCAAAAUCUGCUUCCAGUUGGACUGCUUUGACCGAACGUGUUGGCGGUGUCGAUAGCUGGAUUCAUGACAUUCGAGCGUGUGUCGAUUGCCUCAACGCUAAAGGCGAAGAGUACCUUGCACUGCCUGUCUUGCACCUCUUGGUUACGAUAUUCGAGUUGCAGAACAACACAGAUGCUUCGAACCUUGUUUGCAAUCUUUCAGCGCUCUCUUUACAGUUUCUACGGCUUGGUUACACUGGCAAAGCUGGACUGUCACUGGCGAAGGCCGAGAUCCUCAUCGAUCGCCAAACGGUGUCGACAGAAUCCAAGUUGAAAUGGCAUACGGCGUAUGCAGAAUACCUUUUUCGCAUUGGUAACAUUGACAAAUGUGCAUCUAUCUUGUCUGCUGCCGAGUCCAUUGCACGCGAUGACGCUCUCUUCGUGGACUUGUCGAAGUCUUCUGCCACUAUAUCUCAACGCUUGCGGUACAACAGCAUCUUGGCAAAUGCCUGCUAUGUCUACUCCCUGCUCGCUAGUUCCAAAGGAUCUCACAAAGAGGCUGCAAGAUACGCCAAGCAAUGCGUCACGCUCAAUCGCCGUAUGUGGGCCGCACUCGAGUCCAAAGUCAACGCACAGAAGGCGGCACUCGCUGAACAUGAAGCAUCAACAAUAGAGGGCUCAAGCAAGCUGAGCUUCGACCCACUACCAUCCAUGCGCGACGACAAGGGUGCACCGAUAGUAUCUUCGAACACACAUGAUGUGCUAGGAGGCGCAGACUUCUGGUUCAUGGUGCCUUCACUGUAUCGUGGACUCAUGCAACACUCACAAGUCUUCGCGAACCAAGGGCUGUUGCAUGAGGCAAUCUACGUUGCAGAACAGGCAGAGAGAGUUGCUUUGGCGACGCGCUCGCCUUCUCUGAUGACCGACAACGCAAGCUGGCAGGCGGCAUGCUGGGCACAAAGUGGCAGGCCUGACAAGGCUGGACCACUACUCAAUGCUCUUGAUCAACCUUCAGAUCGCAAGUGUCUGUCUGUUGCAGCGUACCACUCAGCUGUUGCCAGGGUACACCACUGCACUGGAGAUUUCGACGAAGAAAUUGCGUCGUACGGUGUGUUGGAACAGCUUCUGGACGAUCUCACGAGGCCAGCCUAUAUCAGAUCUCUGGGCGCUAUACAUCCGGACCUUGAUUCACUCGCCUCGCAAAUAGCUGGUAUGAGCCUCGACGCCACGAAAGCCAGAACCGCUAGAGCACCAGCAACCACCAAAGCCCAGAAGCCCGUAGCAAAGCCCGUAACAAAGCCCGUCUCAAGACCAACAUCGCGUGCGGGUGCAAGGUCUGCUACAGGCACUCGUUCUCGAGGCGGCACCGCAAGUGCUGCAAGUGUAACAAGCAUUACAAAACCUGCUCCUAAAGGUCGACCAAAAAGCAUGAUUGCAGCUCCGAGCUCUGAGACCGUGAGCACUACAGAUCAGUGUACGACCUUGCGUGCUCUUCAAGCUGAAGUGCUUCAUCGAGGUGUGCAUGCAAACCUCUUGCAGGACAAUCUGAAAGCGGCAACAGCCUUGAUUGAAAGAGUGCAAGAGCUUCACGUUGGCGCCGACCGAGACGUUCAGCACACCUGGGCAAAGUUCAAGUUGAUGCUUGCAGAGAGCGCCCAGCAGAUUGCUGCGGACUUUGCAUUUAACACACUUCCUGAGUCCACAAUAGCAUUUCCUGCUAUUGGUACGAAGGACAGGCGGAUGUCCGAAGGAGUGCUUGUGAAGAAGGCUACGCCUACGGCUACCGCCAAAGCCAAGGGCGGUCGCGUCAAAAAGGCGACAACGGCUGUAAAGAUCAACUUCACGGACACGCUGCGCCAAGCACGAGAACAUCUGCUCGAAGUACAUGCUUUAUCCGCUACGCACGGCUCAAAUCACUUGUUUCAGCAGGUGUCCAACGCACUCGGUCAUAUUACGGUUCUGCUCUCAGCUGUAUGUGAGGCUCGUGGCUCUGUGCACCCACUGUAUGCUGCGUACACAAGUGAAAUCCCUAAAUGCAACGCCAUGAGACUAGCACAAGAAUUUGUGGAGUCUGAGAAGGAGCAAAUGUCGCGCGACGAAUGCCUGCGUUGGCCGCUACUCGAAGCCUCCAACUUCAGCCUCACGUCGGCGUCUGAUUUUCAACAUGAGUACAUCGAUACCAUACCAGAGUCUUGGACCGCCGUAUCACUUGGGCUGAAUGAGGCUCACGAUGAACUAUAUGUCACCCGCUUUGAAGCCGGUGUGACUCCUUUCGUCCUACGCUUACCACUUGCGCGCCAUGCUUCUCGCGAUUUGGACGAGGAUGAGUUCACAUUCGAGGAUGGCAAGCGAGACUUCGAUGAAAUCAUUGAGCUUAGCGACUUCAGCACACGCAGUGCAAAAGAUAUGACCUCAAGAGAAGCACGACAGCAAUGGUGGGACGAACGUGAAGCUCUUGAUACACGUCUCCAUGAGCUGCUGGUCAACAUGGAAAACAUCUGGCUCGGUGGGUUCAAAGGUAUCUUCUCUCAGCAUAUGCGACAGCCUACGCUCCUCGCCAAGUUUCGAAAGGCAUUUGAAGAUGUAUUGAACCGUCACCUACCAUCCCGCAGCAAAAAGACGCAAUCGAAGCGGCCUAUUUUGGAUGCACGAGUCUUAGAGCUCUUCAUUGGGCUUGGAGACAUUGCGAACGAAGAGCUUGAUCUCGACGAAGCACUGACAGACUUGAUCUACUUCAUUGUCGACAUACUCCAAUUCAAUGGAGAAGCCAACGCCUACGAUGAAAUCGACUUCGACGCAAUGGUCAUUGAGACACAAGAUGCACUCAAAGCUUACCACAGUGGCGCUCGCAGUUCUUCAUCGUCUACACCACACACCAUUCUCAUGCUCGACAACAACCUCCAUGGCUUCCCCUGGGAGUCCCUUCCCUGUCUCCAAAAGCUGUCCGUCUCCCGCCUCCCCUCGCUCGCCGCACUGCGCGAGCGACUCCUCACCCUCCAGCCCUCCGGCAUAGAUGAAGCUGCCCCAGGGCACUACAUCGCCGCUUCUGCCGGCGGCACAACCAUCUUAAACCCUGGCGGGGAUCUAGCAAACACGUCAAAGACGCUCCAACCCAUCCUCAACUCUCUGCAAGGCGACUGGACGCACAUACACUCGCGCCCGCCAACAGAGACAGAGUUCUCCACUGCUCUCGGCACGCGCGACCUACUCCUAUACUUCGGACACGGUAGCGGUGCACAAUUCGUGCGCCAAAAGUCCGUUCGCAAGUUGUACCCUGGCAAGCAAGAAGAAGGCAGCAUGAAGUCCGGCUGCGCGACCGCAUUCUUAUUCGGUUGCUCUUCCGUGCAUCUGACGGAGAACGGCAUCUACGAACCAAGCGGCAUGCUGCAAUCCUACCUCACGGCCGGCGCGCCGGCAGUUGUGGGUAUGCUGUGGGAUGUCACGGACAAAGACUGUGACCGUUUUGCUGUGCGGGCGGGUGAGCUUUGGGGGCUUUGGCCUGAGGUGCAAGAAGAGAUUGAUGCGAAGCCAAGUAAGACUCCAAGGAAGGGUACGAAGGGGAAGGCGAAGGCGAAGCAAGUUGAGGGUGAGAGGAAGGGGGAGUGCAGGAGAGGCGUGGGACUCGAUGAGGCUGUGAGGGAUGCGAGGCAAGCGUGUUACCUUAAGUACCUCAAUGGUGCUGCGGCGGUCGUGUAUGGGAUUCCGUGUUACUUGGAGUAG